AUGAUCAGUUACUUGAAGAAAGCUAAGGUCGUACUCGAGCCUUUCAAGUACUAUAUGAUUAGGCAAAUCUCGAGAGAUAGUAAUUCUAUCCUAGAUGCUUUGGCAAAGAUAGCCUCAUUGCUGGACUUCGAUGCUCCAGAUAGUAUUCGAAUCAAAUACAUCAAAGCUUCUAACAUCAGCUCACCUGAUCAAAUCAUAGCCGCUAAUGAAUCCAUUUCCUGGAUGACUCCGAUUGUUCAGUAUCUCAGAGCUGGGGUUCUUCAUAACAACAAGACGGAGGACAAGCUUGACGCAACCAAUGGCAAUUGGGCCGAUGAUCUUUUAGAAGUUCCAUGGGCAUCUGGAAUGACCCCAAUAACCUCUACUUCAGAAACACCUUUCUCACUAGCAUAUGGCUAUGAGGCAAUGGCCCUAGUAGAAGUAGGAGCUGGUUAUCUUCAGAGAGAAUUUUUCAGUGAAAUAGACAAUGAAGCACUUCGACUUGCAAGUUUGGAUUUAGUGGAUAAAACAAUGUGA